GAGAACAGCAUUACACAUACCAAGCGGGAAUAGAGUGUUGUUCCGAACUACGAUUUAGUGUGGCUGUGCCUUAUUCUACUAUGUUCAAUGACCAGGAGAUCACUACGCCGACGACGUCUCCAUCGUCCACACCCUAAUCACCUCCCUGGUAGACCAGAGCGAACACAUCCUAAUGCCCAUGCACUCCUACGACGGCGCCAAUCGGCACCGACGCCAUCCAAGACCUGGACCAACUCACCCGGGCAGCCAAAAGCUUUCCCCUCCUCUAUCUGUGCGCCUACCUCCAACAACCCAGCCGCUCCAUCUGGGAUGUUGUCAGAGGCAAGCAUGACAGCUUUUUGGCCGCAGUUCAUCGAGAAUGCAGAAGAUGGCCCGACGUUCUCCGUCAAUCCAGUACAGCUUUUCCUGGGCGAUUGCAAUGAGGCGCAGGCGUCUGAGCCACUGAAACAUCUUGUACGGAGUCCGUUGAGUACGUUUCCACGCCGGUGACGGGGGAUGCGUGGAGGAGAGUCCCUGUUACGUAUGUGACUACGACGAAGGAUUUUUCGGUCCUGAGGGGGUAUCAGGAUUUGAUUCCGGG